GCCCCUUCCUAAAAGCAGGAAGAACUUAAGAGGAAGAAAAAGAAAAAUGGUUCCUAUGAUCUUGACAGCUGGAGCUCUGGAGGAAUUGGUAACGUUCCACGAUGUGGCCGUGGACUUCUCCUGGGAGGAAUGGGGGCACCUGGGCCCUUCUCAGAAGGAGCUUUACCGGGAGGUGAUGCUGGAGAACUACAGGAACCUGGUCUGCCUGGGACUUGCCGUGUCCAAACCAGCCGUGAUCUCCCAGUUGGAGCAGGGGGAGGCACCUUGGACGCCCGAGGGAGGAGGCCCAAGAUGCAGGUGUGCAGACCGAAAGAUUAGGACUGAAAUCCCAAAGCUGGGCCGUUCCACAGAUCUCUCAUCCCAGGAAAGACUCCCAAGGGAUUGCACCGGGAUCUCCAAGUCGGGAGAGUCCUUUGAAUGUGAUGCCAGGUUAGAAAGUCAGCAGAGCCAUGCGGGGAAAUGUGCUCAACAAGUAAAUGUCGCCCAAAGGAACUCUUCAAAUUCAUUGAGGGGCCAUGAAUGUAAUGAAUGGGGCAGAAACUUCAAUCUGGGGCCAGUCUCUUCUCAACAGGGAGAAUCAAUAGCAGAGAGUCUCCAUCCGUGUGACAGACACAGAAAGAGCUUCAGACUAAAUUCAUCCUUAAGUAAAUGCAAUGAAAAUUGCUCAAAGAAGACGUAUUCUAGGUAUGAUGAAUGUGAGAAGGCCUUCAGUUGUAAUUCUGAUUUUACUGAAUAUCAUAGCAUUCAUACUGGGGAGAAACCUUGUGAAUGUAAUGAAUGUAAAAAUACCACAUGCUACAGCUCAUCCAUUAUUUCAAAGCAAAAAAAUCAUGCUCAAAAGAAACUGACUAAGUCUGAUAAGUGUGAAGUCAUUAACCAUCAGAAGAUUAAUCCUAGAGAGAAAACUUAUGAAUGUCAUGACUGUGGGAGGACUUUUGCUAAGAGCACACAUCUUGCUCGACACAAGAGGCGUCAUUCUGGGGAGAAACCUUAUGAAUGCAAUCAGUGUGGGAAGACCUUCAGCCGUAGUGCAUAUCUUACUGAACAUCAGAGAACUCACACUGGAGAGAAACCUUUUGAGUGUACUGAGUGUGGGAAGUCCUUCAUCCGAGGCACUUACCUCACCCUACAUCAGAGAACUCACACUGGAGAAAAGCCUUACGAGUGUCACGAAUGUGGAAAGGCCUUUCCCCAGAGCAUACAGCUCCUUGGACAUCAGAGAAUUCACACAGGAGAAAAACCUUACGAAUGUAAUUACUGUGGGAAGACAUUUAGACAUAGCUCCUCCCUUAAUUCCCAUCAUAGAGUUCAUACAGGAGAAAAACCCUAUGAAUGUCAGGAGUGUGGGAAGGCCUUCAAACACAGCUCUUCCCUUACUUACCAUCACAGGAUUCACACUGGAGAGAAACCAUAUGAAUGUAAAGACUGUGGGAAGACCUUCCCCCAGAGCAUACAACUGAUUGGACAUCAGAGAAUUCACACGGGGGAGAAGCCUUACGAAUGUAAUGAAUGUGGGAAGGCCUUUAGCCGGAAAACGCAGCUUACCCGACAUCAGCGAAUUCAUACUGGAAACAAACCUUAUGAAUGUAGUGCGUGUGGGAAGGCCUUUUGCCAAAAGACCCAACUCACUAAACAUCAGCGAAUUCACACUGGAGAGAAGCCAUACGAAUGUCAUGAAUGUGGCAAGUCCUUCCGCCAAAGGUCACAUCUUACUUACCAUCAGAGAAUUCACACUGGAGACAGUCUUUGUGAAUACAGUGAAAGGAAAAAAGAGUUUGGUCACACACUUUUCUGAAAAUUUUAAACUACAAACUUAAAGGAGACUAGAUUCAAUAAUUAUCUUACUUCCCCAAACACUUAUUCCACAGUCUUCUCAUGUUGCCAGCUUCCUCUUUUUUUGUGUGUGUGUAGAAUUAUAGCAGAUAACUUUGUUCCAUUUUUUUCAGUUAUGAUCUCACUAAUUUAUCUUGUUCUCUUGUUCCCAGCCUUCCCCAUCCCCUUUUCGUUCCAUCAUGUUUGUUUAAUCUAUAGAGUGCUGAAUUUGAUAUCUUGGAGAUCUUAAGGUAAAAUUCUAUUCCCAAUAUCUACCAAGGUACUAUUUUUUUAGUUACCUCAUCUCAGAAGUAGAGAUAAAAAUGCUUCUAAUACUUAUUUCACAUUGUGACUGUGAUUGUCACAUGAACUACACAAUAUAUGUCAAAGCAUUUUCCAAAUUUUAAAAGGCCAUAAAUGUAUAAGCUGUAUAAAUGUCAGCUGUUAUGAUUAUGAUUUUUCCUCUCUAGAUCAUUUGCAGCUGCUCACAAACAUGGUCUCCCCCAAAACAACCUUAGUCAUCUUUUCACCUGUUAUUUGCUCUUUCCACUUAGCAUCUGAAACUCUUCUCUUUUUUUUUCUACAAUACUGCUUCAAAAAAUUUCUCUACUCAGGCAGGAUCUCUGGUUCCUUUCACUUACUAUUUAAAUGCUUUAUAGUUUAUUUGCUAAACCACUUGACUGAUCUUGUUCUCAUAGAAAUUAUCAGUCACUUCCUAAUGAACAAUGUCCCUCCCUUCUCCUUAGUCCUGCUAGGACUGCUUGGAAAGGAAGAAAUAUGAUUCCUACAUGUAUCAAGGCCUUUUGGAUUCUGAUUGGAUUUGUGGAAUAGCUCAGUCAACCUCAGUGUACUUGAAUCAUUGUUUUAUAUUUGGUUUUUAUCCUUCUGGACAUUAUACCAAUCUAGGAAGUCUGUUGAAUAAUUUAUUCCUUAUUAAUAAGUUUACAGUCUUAGUAAUAGGGGUGAAUCUCCAUUUUACUCAAUAUUAUUACCCUCUUUGAUAGUAAUUAUUUAUAACAUAUUUAAAUAUAUAUAAAAUUGCUGAAUUAUGUGUGUGUAUACAUAUGUAUAAUUUAUUACCAAAUGGAAUCAAUAAACAUAAGACCAAACUUAAAUGUUAUUUCUUCUUAAAGUGUUUUUGAAUGACUUGGACAAUAAUAUAGUUUCGUAAAAUUAAUGAAUUCUUUCUCCCCCCAAAUGAUUUGCUUCUAGUAGUAUGUAACUUAUUGAUCUUGUCCCACAAUGAAUUUCUUUGUCAUAUUCCGAUUGAUUAGUUUUCAAUUGUCCAAUUUUUAUUAAUGCUUUCUGUUUUUAAUACCACAGUCACGUUCUGAUGUAGCUUACUCCACAUUCUUUUCUAAUCUUAAUUCAGUGGUUCUCUAAAUUUUUUAUUGUUAGGAUCUCUUUAUUCUCUUAUAAGUUAUUGAGGACCCCAAAGAGUUUUUGUUUAUUGAAUCAUAUCUAUUGAUAUUUACCAUGUUAUAUAUUAGAUUACUUGCCAUCUAUGGAAGGGAGGGGGGAAAAAUUUGGAAUACAAGGUUUAACAAGGGAAAAUGUUAAAAAUUAUCUGUGUAUAUGUUUUGAAAAUAAAAAGCUUUAAUUAAGAAAGAUAAUUACCAUGUUAUAAAUUAAA